AUGGGAAGGGUUGGUGAAUACGAAAUAUUUGAAACCGUCGGUACAGGCGCGUUUAGCAAAGUUAAAAGAGUAAGACAUAUUCCUACUGACGCAUGUUUUGUGGCGAAAAUAAUACCCAAGAGCAAUCAACGUGUAGAAAAUGACAUUCGUGUGGAAAUUUCGAUUCUUCGUAGAUUAAAGCAUCGCAAUAUUGUUCAAUUGGUAGAAAUUUUGGAGAGUCCUAAUAAUUAUUACAUUAUUCUUGAGCCCGUCUUUGGAGGAGAUGUUUGUAGUCUAGUUCUUUCUCAAGAUAGCUCCCUUGAAGAAGAGGUGGUAUCUGGUUUGUUUUUUCAACUUCUAGCUGGUGUUCGUGCUUGCCACCAAAAUGGUGUGGCACAUAGGGACUUAAAACCAGAAAAUCUCCUUUUAACUGAAGGAAAUGUGCUGAAAAUAUCCGAUUUUGGACUAAGUCGGCUACAUAAACAAAGCAACUUCCACGCACAAAUUGAUGAGUAUGCCCAUACGCUUACCGGAACCCUUGCUUAUGUGGCACCGGAAGUUUUUUGCGGUACCUAUGAUGCUUUUAAAGCGGAUAUUUGGUCUAUGGGGUGCAUUCUUUACGUUUUAUUGACCAGUUGCUUUCCGUUUGGAUAUACAACAGAUGCAAGAGAGCUUGAAGAACGUAUUAAAAUGGGACGUAUUUGCAAGCUGCCUGAUUCAGUUAGUGAAGAGGCAAAAGAGUUGACUUUGUGGCUUAUGUCACUCCAUCCAGAAGAUAGACCCUCGUUGGACCAGGUAGCGUUGCAUUCUUUUUUGAAAAGGUAUGUGCCGAUGAAACAUAUUUUGGCACUCAUAGGGAGCAAACAACCACCACCCCUCGCAGCGAACCCUGCCGAAUUUAGUAGUGAGGUUGUUGAAGAAGAAAAACAAGUCAACGAAAGAGGUCGCCCUCUUUUUGGUAAAGAGGCACCUCGAGAAUAUAGUUUGAAACCAUGUUCAGGUGGGUCUUCUAAACCAAUGGGUCAAUCAAGGAAGGAUUGA